AUGUUUGUUAUACACAAAUUCACCGUCGAUGAUUUUCCAACUCACCCUCUAAGGCUCGCAAAACCCGUCGAUGAAAAUGCACGUUUAAACAAAAACAAACCACUAACACAAACAAAUCAUCACGUAUUUAUUCGUCCUUCGUUAAUGUUAAAUAAGCGAUCAAAUUCAAAAGAAAAAAAUCACACUAAGGAAAAUGGUGAAUGGCCAUUAACCCAGGGAAAAAAAGAGAAAAAAUCUGAAGCUCAAAAAGGCUGA